AUGUCAAUGUCAAAGCGAGCAGUGGGAAAAAAUGGCCCUCAAGUGCCGGUAAUCGGCUUUGGUGCUAUGGGCUUGUCAUCAGGAUACGGCUCCGUUGGAUCAAACGAAGAGCGCUUCAAAAUUUUAGAUCGAGCUAUAGAACUUGGAUCAACGUUCUGGGAUACUUCUGAUGUGUAUGCGGACAAUGAAGAUCUAAUUGGUGCUUGGUUUAAAUAUUCAGGCAAGCGAGAUAAGGUGUAUCUCUGCACAAAAUUCGGUGUGACCAAGGACGAUCAGGGACAACCAUCCAUUCGAAGUGAUCCCGAUUAUGUCAGAAAGGCCUGCGAGAGAAGUAUGAAACGCUUAGGCGUGGAGAGAAUCGACCUCUGGUUUUGCCAUCGUGUAGACAUGAAGACACCAAUCGAAGACACCGUAUCUGCCAUGGCAAAAUUAAAACACGAAGGUAAAAUAGGAGCUAUUGGUUUGAGUGAGGUUUCUGCCAGAACGUUGAGGAGAGCUUACAAAGUCCAUCCCAUCGCUGCCGUUCAAGUUGAAUAUAGUCCUUUUUCAACAGAAAUUGAGGAUUCGAACAUAGAUCUGCUUAGGACAUGUCGGGAACUGGGCGUCACAAUCAUUGCCUACAGUCCGCUUGGGCGCGGUUUCUUGACAGGACAGAUCAAGUCUCCUGACGAUUUUGAAGAAGGAGAUUUCAGAAAAUUUGCGCCACGAUAUAGCCAGAAUAACUUUCCAAAAAAUCUCGAGUUGGUAAAAUCUUUAGAGAAAUUUGCUGCUAAAAAAGGUUGCACUCCGGGCCAGUUAUCACUUGCUUGGAUACUUGCUCAAGGUGACGAUAUAAUUCCCAUACCCGGUACUAAAAAGAUAAGAUAUCUAGAAGAGAAUGUUGCAGCGGCACAGGUGCAGUUAUCUGCACAGGAGGUAGAAGCUAUCCGAAAAGAAAUUGAGAAAACGGAAAUUGUUGGCGAAAGAUAUCCUCCUUGGUUUGAGAAUUACUCGUUUGCGGAUACACCAGAACUCCAGGAUAUCAAAUAGUUAAGAGGAAGUCCGUUAGCUCAGGUUUUGCUUGUCAUGCGUAUCUACGGGUCACCUCAAAUUGACUUAAGCAACGC